CGGGACGGCGGGCGUGAAGGGGGCGGGCUCGGGCCGCUCCCCCUCCCUCCUCCUGCCCGGUCUGCGUCCGCGCUCUCGGCUUCACCUUGCAUCAUCUCCAGCCUGCGGCUGCCCCUGGGAGGCUGGGCGCGGCGCGAUCCUCUCCGCCGGUGGCUCCAGCCCGCACUCUGCGCCUCUCGUCGCCCUUCUCGCACCUGGUCCUGCUCCAGGCCCGUAGACCCCUGGGGCGGCUUCCCUGAACCUGCGGAGCUCAGUGGCCGUCGCCCGCCACCUCUAGCUGGGAGCGUCGUGCAGCGCCAUGGAGAAAAGCAACGAGACCAACGGCUACCUCGACAGCGCCCAGGCGGGGCCUGCGGCCGGGCCUGGAGCUCUAGGGACCGCGGCGGGACGCGCCGGGCGUUGUGCGGGCUUCCUGCGGCGCCAAGCGCUGGUGCUGCUCACCGUGUCCGGGGUGCUGGCGGGCGCGGGCCUGGGCGCGGCGCUGCGCGGGCUCAGCCUGAGCCGCACGCAGGUCACUUACCUGGCCUUCCCCGGCGAGAUGCUGCUCCGCAUGCUGCGCAUGAUCAUCCUGCCGCUGGUGGUCUGCAGCCUGGUGUCGGGCGCCGCCUCCCUCGACGCCAGCGCCCUCGGGCGUCUGGGCGGCAUCGCCGUCGCCUACUUUGGCCUUACCACGCUGAGUGCCUCUGCGCUCGCAGUGGCCUUGGCAUUCAUCAUCAAGCCAGGGUCCGGUGCGCAGACCCUUCAGUCCAGCGACCUGGGGCUGGAGGACUCGGGGCCUCCUCCCGUCCCCAAAGAGACGGUGGACUCUUUCCUCGACCUGGCCAGAAACCUGUUUCCCUCAAAUCUUGUGGUUGCAGCUUUCCGCACGUAUGCAACCGAUUAUAGAGUUGUGACCUACAGCACCAGCUCUGGAAAUGUAACCCAUGAAAAGAUCCCCAUGGGCACUGAGAUUGAAGGGAUGAACAUUUUAGGAUUGGUCCUGUUUGCUCUGGUGUUAGGAGUGGCCUUAAAGAAACUAGGCUCUGAAGGAGAAGACCUCAUCCGUUUCUUCAAUUCCCUUAAUGAGGCGACAAUGGUGCUGGUGUCCUGGAUUAUGUGGUACGUACCUGUGGGCAUCAUGUUCCUUGUUGGAAGCAAGAUUGUGGAAAUGAAAGACAUCAUCGUGCUGGUGACCAGCCUGGGGAAAUACAUCUUCGCAUCUAUAUUGGGCCAUGUUAUUCACGGAGGAAUUGUUCUGCCACUUGUUUAUUUUGUUUUCACACGAAGAAACCCCUUCAGAUUCCUCCUGGGCCUCCUCGCCCCAUUUGCGACAGCAUUUGCCACCUGCUCCAGCUCAGCGACCCUUCCCUCCAUGAUGAAGUGCAUCGAAGAGAACAAUGGUGUGGACAAGAGGAUCAGCAGGUUUAUUCUCCCCAUCGGGGCCACUGUGAACAUGGACGGAGCAGCCAUCUUCCAGUGUGUGGCCACGGUGUUCAUCGCCCAACUUAACAACGUAGAGCUCAAUGCAGGGCAGAUUUUCACCAUUCUAGUCACCGCCACAGCGUCCAGUGUUGGAGCAGCAGGUGUGCCAGCUGGAGGGGUCCUCACCAUUGCCAUUAUCCUGGAGGCCAUUGGGUUGCCUACUCAUGACCUGUCUCUGAUCCUGGCUGUGGACUGGAUUGUGGAUCGUACCACCACUGUGGUGAAUGUGGAAGGGGAUGCCCUGGGCGCGGGCAUUCUCCACCACCUGAAUCAGAAGGCAACGAAGAAAGGCGAGCAGGAACUGGCUGAGGUGAAAGUGGAAGCCAUCCCCAACUGCAAGUCUGAGGAGGAGACAUCACCCCUGGUGACACACCAGAAUCCCCCUGGCCCCGUGGCCAGUGCCCCAGAACUGGAAUCCAAGGAGUCGGUUCUGUGAGGGGGCUGGGCUUUGGGAUUGCCUGCCAGCAGUGGUGUCCCACCCUGUUUACCCAGCCUCCAGUCGUGGACACAGGGCACUGCCCUUGCCAACUUUUAAUCUCCCAAGCAAUGCUUUGGCUCAGUCGCUGGCCUGAGGCUUACCUCUCGGCACUGGCCUCGGGCUCCCCAGCAGGAACUGGUUACCAAGGACCAGGACACUCUGACAUUUGGCUUAAUCCAUGUCUAGGUGCAGCUGUGUGUACACCAGGGAUCUGUUUGGACCCCUUGAGCUGCCAGGCUCAAGAAACCAUGGACUCACAGGGUCCUGUGGUUACACCUUGGAAAAAUGCAGAUGUAUUUCACUGUCCCCGGUCAGCUCUGCAUCAGGUGUUUUCUAAGCAAACCAAGGGGUAUAGUCACCUAUUGCAUUGCCUCGAGUUGUAGUAAUUGAAAAAAUACCCAAAUUCUUAGCUGGACUUUGCUGAGCUGGGACUCAGGUGUUUAAAGAGUUUGUGCUACAGCUAGUUGUGGGUGUCUUCCGAUCCCUGGGUUCUGGGAGACUGCAGGUGCCGUACAGCGUCAAGUUAGAAAUUCUCCAGGUGGGUGUUAGCACUGUGGUGGGGAGGCGGGUUUCUGGUCCACAGCCUUAGGUAAACAUCUUAGAUUCUGAGGUCAAAGAAAAAAGGAGAGGAAAUGCAGCUUUGUGGGGGUGGGUGGGGGGAGCGGAGCGUUCUCUAAUCAGGACAGGACAGGUUUCACACACAGUUGUCCCAGUUCUCAUCCAGUCCUAGGGCACUUUUCUCCCUCCUUCCAGAGGCCUGGGCCUCUGACAACACUGUAGCUUUAUCUCCAUUCACUCUGAUUUGGCAACAGGCCAGAGAGGGCCCUCCUUCCCUGGGGAAGUGUGAUGUAGUCAUAUCCAGGACGCUUGUUGGUUUAUCAAUCUAUUAUUUGAAUUCAACUGGACUCUGUAAAAUGCUGCACUGAAGCAAAAACAAUAGCCACCACCCCAGAGAAAACCAUGUACUAACUGGAGUGGGGCACCCCCAUUCACAGAUUCCCAGGCCCCCUGGAUUUGGCUGAUUUCAAAAUAUAGAUCCCUUUCUUGCCAGUACCUCCACAUUUAAAAUUAUCAGUGAAAUGGUCCACGUUUUUCCAGUUACCUGCUGAUGUUCUAAUCUUCUAAUCUAAGUAAGGGGCUUUCAUAGAGGAGUUUACCAGUGAGAGGGAAGAUCUGAGAACCUACUGUUUGACUGUGGUUGUUGACACAUAUUCAUGAUGUAACAGGUCCUGGGGCCUCACUUUACCCCAUUUGUAAGAUGGGGCUAAUAUCACCUGCCUCUUACCUACCUCAGAGGGAUUUGGUGAGGCAAACUGUUAAUCUGUGAAAAUGACCAUUUCACUUCUUGGCUAUCAAGUGCCGACCCAGUAUGCUCUUCUUUUUUGUGUAAGGGGCAGCCUUCUCUACCCAGUCCUUCUGCUGGUGAGGACAGCCUUUCUGAGCAGAGCUUUGUUCUCUAUGCGCAUUAGGACUUUUAUCUAUGCCACUUGUUCUGUGUGUAGUUAGCAUCAAACGCAGCCUCUUCCUCAUGUCCUUCAAGUUUUCAUGAACUAGUGACCCCACUUUCCACCACAGUUCUGGGCACCUGACUUCGCUGUGACUCUCAGACCCAGGCACUGUUUCUGCUACCCUGUAACAGGCCAUUAAAGCGCCCCAGGGAACAAGCGCUUCAUUCCCUUGUUUUCCCUGUUGCUGUGUCACCUGGGCCCUACAGACGGGGGCACACAUUAAUGGUUGUGUGUACCACUGAGAAUGGGUGGAUGGAACUGAGAUCAUCAAGCCACACCCCCUUCUUAAAACUGGGGAUAUGUGCCUGAGCAGAAGGGGUGAAGGAAAGGGGACACAGAGUUGAGCCAGCCAAGGGGAAAGCUCAGCUCUCUUUAAACCAGCUAAGCCAUUCAGUCUCCUGUGAAGCCAGGAGGGACCAGGAACCAUGUAGAGGAAACUGGAAACUUUUCCCCACUGGGUAGAGCCUGCUGCUCAUUUCUGUUUUUUUUUGUUUUGUUUUUUGAGACAGAGUCUUGCUCUGUCACCCAGGCUGGAGUGUAGUGGCACGGUCUCAGCUCACUGCAGCCUCCGCCUCCUGGGUUCAAGCAAUUCUCCUGCCUCAGCCUCUUGAGUUGCUUGGAUUAUAGUUGCAGGCCACCACGCCCAGAUAAUUUUUGUAUUUUUAUUAGAAAUGGGGUUUCACCAUGUUGGUCAGGCUGGUCUCGAACGCAUGACCUUGUGAUCUGCCUGUCUCGGUCUCCCAAACUGCUGGGAUUACAGGUAUGAGCCACCGCGCCUGGCCUACUCUUCUGUUUUCAAGGGGAAACAAUCACAUUGUUUGAUUCCAGAUGGCAAAUGAACACUAUUUUUCAGGCUUCAGUAAAUCUUUUUCUUCUUUCACAUACACACACACACACACACACACACACACACAUCUAUACACACAUAUGUGUUAUAUGUGUGUGUUGUGUAUACAUGUGUGUAUAUAUUGUUUUAGCUUCAAGCCCAACAAGUUUGUGUUUGGAGAGAGGUGAACUUAACUAAUAACUACAAGUUGUAUGUCUUUGGUAUCUUGAUUUUCCCGUUCCUAAAGAUGAAUUUCACAAAGCCGUAAAACAUGAAAUUAGAGCUGGACUUGAGACUCAUUGGCCAACCAUCGUAUCCUGGCCUGGUCCUGCAGUAAGAAGCAUGGUCUUAGAAGGGUGGCCCUUCCCCUUGGAGGCAAAAAGAGAGAAUGUACCAUGUGUCUUCCUGGCUUUCAGAACAGAGUUGGUAGACCUGGGGUUACCUGACUGGGGAAAAUCUCACAUCUCCUUGUCUGAAAACGUUUCCCCUGCUGUUCUCUUUCUAACAUGUUGUCAUAAAUCUGUUCGGAUACUGUUCAUCUGACUGUUUUGUACAUGUGACAAUUGCCUUAAAAUAUAGCACAGUCCUCAGAAAUGAAUACAAUGUUUCCACCGG